AUGUCAAUUGAUAGUUAUUUUCAAUUAACUUUUUAUCUUGUUUCAAAAUAUGUUGAUUCAAUUUAUCCAAAAUCUUCUGGAUUUAAAAUUAUUCAAACAACAGAUGAAAAUAAAUUAAAACAAUUAGAAAUAUAUUUUAAAGAAGAAAAAUUUUUGAUAUUAAGUUUUACAGAAAUUAGUAAUGUUCAAUCAUUAGUUAAUUUAUUAAAUCUUGAUGGUAGAUUAGAUAAUGCUUUAAUAAAUUGGGAAUGGUUUGAUUUAGAUGAAAUUAAAUUUCCAAUAAAAGGAGUAGAAGAUUUAUCAAAAGAUUUAGUUGAAAAAUUUAAUAAGAAAUUUAGAUUAAUUGUUGAUGAUGAAAAAUUAAGUUCAAUAUUUGAUGAUCCAACUAAAUCAAAAAAUAUUAAUACUGGUCCAAUAAUAGAAGAACAUACAGAUACUGAAAAUGAUGCAAGAUCUCCAACUCCUGAAGUUCCAUAUAAUCCAUCAAAUCCAAUAAUAUCUGGUGGUAACCCUUCUGCUCCAGCUGCAAAUAAUUCAGCUUUUAAACAAAAUAGACCAUCAGAUAUGCCAGAUUUUGAAGAUGAAUAUGAAAUUAAAGAUCCUGGUGCUCCAACUCAUGAUACUUUAGGUCAUUCAAAUUUACCACCAAUUGGGGCUGAUGAUUUAAAUCCUCCAGGUAUACCGUCAAAUCCAACUUUAAGAGGUUAUUUGGAUCCUUUACAACCUCCAAAUAGUUCUGGUGGAGAUGGAAUGUAUCCAACUUCAAAUCAUCCAAUUUUUGGAUCACAACAAGGUGGAAAUAGUGGUAGAAGAGGAGUACCACCAGGUGCAAGAUUUGAUGAUCCUUAUUCAGAAGAUAAUUUAGAUAAUUUGGGUCAAGGUUUACCACUGAAUCUUAGAGGUCCAAGUGGUGGUCCGUUUUAUCCAAAUCAAGGUCCAGGUGGUGGUAAUUUUGGAAAUUUUGGUCCUCCAGGUCUUUAG